AUGGCUUCGGUUUGGCUUCUUUUGGCUGCCUUGUGCGCACUUGGCGCGCGCUGCAGGGUGAGUUCUACAGGAUUCCCCGCGGAAGCAUCGCCGUUCCAAAGGCCCGAUCUGGCCGCCUACCAGGACGCCAAAAAGUGCACGUCUCCGGGUGCCACCUGGUAUGUUCUCUACCGAAACCAGAAACAAGGAGCCUUCGGAGAGCAUGACAGCUGCCUGAGGGACACCCAGAUGGGCGAGGUGGUCGAUGGGAAGGGCCGGUUCCGCGUGCGCUACGAUAAUGGCCACGAAAGGAACGCUACGUUCACAUUCAAGUCUGCCGACGGACGAAAUUAUAACAUCUUCCAGGUUCAGUUGGAUGGCGUUUCCGGUGUGGGAAUGUACGACAUGCUGUUCGUUGACUGUGCCCACUGCAGGAUCGUGAAGGACCAAAAAGGCCCCAAAUGUCUGCUUUCGGUGCGAGAAUCCUCCCUCCGGCACGGCGUUCCCCAGUAUUGCCACUUUCUCUACGACCUGCUCUGCGGGGCAUCGUCGAAGUACCAGGUCUCGGACUCCAGCUGCGUCCACAAGGGUCCGAAGUUGGGCUAAAGGAUUUCAAGGCGACAGGUCUCUCACUAGCGCAGACCCUUGGACGUAAAACAGCACAUAAUAAACGGAUUGCAUGAC